CCUGUUCAGCAAUAAACAGCCUCUCAUUCUGGACCUUCAAACUGUACCUUCUUUUUCCAUAUUGGGAGAUAUGGAAAACUUAUAAAUGGGAGAGUUUCUCAAGGAGGGGAUGGACUCCCUCUUCUUCAUCAUCUUCAUCUUCUUCAACCAGCUUUCAGAGCUUUGGUCAGAACCCUUUGAGUGUCAUCAGCAACAUCCGAUACACAUUUCUGCAGCAUGAAGUAGGUAGAAGGCAGUGAAAUUGCUCCGGACAGUAGGCAGCCAAAGAUGGGGAAACUCCAUCCGUAGGAAUAUUCUGCUAUCAUCACUGUGGCACCCACUAAGUCUGGAAGCCUCCAUAAAAUUACUGGUUUUAGCACAAGGGACUUCAUCACUGCUUUCAGGACUGCCUCUGACUUCCCAACAAGCUGAGCAAGAGCUGCAAGGGAUCGAUCAUCCAAGCCAAAGUCCAGGAAGCACUGAGUGCGGAAGUUCACAAACAGGAACAUGGCAGCCAUGAAUGAGAGGCCUGGAACUGGGAUGGCAGCAAUUAAGCCAGAGCAAAUGGCUGUGAGCCAAAUCUUCCUCUUCCUGGCUUCUUUUUUUUUCUCUAAGGUGGGCAUGCAGAUGCUAGGCAGGCUGAGCAGAAAGGCUUGCCUCUUCAGCCUCAAGAGAUCAGCCUUCAGUGUUUCCUGCAGGAGGGGGAAAUCAAAGCACCUGGGUUCCAUAUUGGAUACUAUGAAGACUUGUGGGUCCCUCACCCAUUCUUUUAUCAAGCAUUCUCUGCAGUCUUCUUUGAUGCGCAAAAGGAUCUUCUCCUCAUUGUAGGCAGAAGGCCGUUGCCUCUUGGUGGCCAUCAGGUCAAGGUCUGCUUUGGCACGCACAAAGUAAAACCUCUUUUCCAUUUCUUGGAUCUCAUGGACCAGGUCAGCGUGAGUGGAACGGAAACGCUGGGAGCCGACUAUGAUGAAGAAAUCAAAGCAAUUUAAGUCUACCUUCUUAGCAAAAGUGUUUUCCCCGAAAGAUGAGGAUCCUUUUCCUGGGAGGUCACAUAGGAUGACUUGUGGAAGUGUCGGAUAUGGAUUCCCAGGUGGUUAUAUGUUAGCCUGUUCAGCAAUAAACAGCCUCUCAUUCUGGACCUUCAAACCCCUGCAGUCUUAAAGAAAUUCCUGCCGGCUUAUCUGCUGAGCCCUCAGAUCUGGUGCUGCUGUUAUUUAAUGUCAGAUUAAUUGAGCCAUCAAGAAUCACUGCCAUGGCUGCUGCCAUAUUAGAAGAAAUGCUAAGAAAUGAUCUUGCUGAAAUGAAGGCUGCUUCAGAUCAAAAAGAUCCUCAGGCUGUUAUAGCUGAAGUUCAACAGGAAUUAGAUUUAUUAGAAAACAUCAAAAUUGACAUUGCAGUCACAGGAAUGACAGGUGCCGGCAAAUCAUCUUUAGUCAAUGCUCUGCUGGGUAUGAAAGAUGAUGAUGACGGAGCAGCCAAGACUGAUGUGAUAGAAACAACCAAGGAACUAAAAGAAUAUCAGUAUCCCACAUUCCCAAAACUCAAAAUUUGGGAUCUACCAGGAAUUGGAACACCUGCAUUUAAAGCAAAGGAAUACCUACAGAAAGUCAAUUUUAACAAGUAUGAUUUCUUCAUAAUUGUUGCCUCAGAACGCUUCACUGAGAAUGAUACCAAGUUGGCUUCUGAAAUUAAGAAACUGAACAAGAGAUUCUACUAUGUGCGUACCAAAGUGGAUGUCAACAUAGAUUCUGAAAGUCGGAAAAGAGACUUCAGUGAGAAGAAAACCCUUGAGAAGAUAUGGAAAAACUGCUGUGAGAAUUUGAAGGCUUUAGGAGAGUCUUCUCCAAGGGUGUUUCUAAUAUCAAGGUGGGAUUUGAGCAAGUAUGAUUUCCCCCUGCUGCAAGACACCAUUGAGAAGGAACAGGAUAAAAUCAAGAGAGAUGUUUUAAUUAUGUUUAUGCCAAUUUUAACAAAAGAAGGCAUUAAAAAGAAAAAGGCUGCUAUGGAGAGCCUUAUAUGGAAACGAGCUAUGUUGUCUUGUAGUGUGGGGUUGAUUCCUAUCCCAUUCCUCUCUUUGGGUUGUGACAUUGCCAUCUUGGCCUCAACAAUGAAUCAUAUCUGCAAGGUCUUUGGCUUGGAUGAAGCUUCCCUCCGUAGGCUUGCAUUCCGUGUUGAGAAACCUGUUGAGGAGUUGAAAUCUGUUAUUGAAAAUACUCCAAGUACCAGUGAGAUCACCACAAAAUUUGUAACAGAUUUCUUGCAGAGGUCAAUGGUAUGGGGAACAGUAACAGUGAUAGAGCUGGCUCUGGAUUUCGUACCCAUAGUGGGAUCUCUAUAUGGUGGCGGCAGUUCACUUUUAACCACAUUGUACAUGCUGAAGGGGUUCCUGAAAGAUGUUGUGAAAGAUGCUGAGAAUGUUCAGGCAAAAGCUAUCGAGUCGAAGAGAUCCAAAUAAACAGCCAAGACACCCAUCCAGACAGUGAGGUCCAGGCAUGUAUUAUCUCAUCUUUCUACCACAUAAUCAACCAAUUGCUUUCCUCUGACUCCUUUCUACUGCAAUCAGAGAAUCCUCACUUCCUCAACUAUUCUAAAAACAAAACAAAACCCCUUUAACCCACACAUAGGGAACCUGCAAGUUGUGCCCAAUUUAAGUCUUCCUGGAGUCCUAACUUGGCAAGACUUUUCUUCCAGCCUCUUUGUUAUGAGGAUUAAUCCAUCCUCCAUGUGACCUGCUGGGUGGAGGGAGUCUGCUCCUUUUGGGGAGGGGUAAAUUUCACUAAAGUUUUUUUAAAAAAUCUUGAAGAAAGUCUCCCACACCCUGGAACAAACACAUGAGACACCCCUGACCUGCCCGUGUUUCCUUCUGCGGUCAUACCCUUUUUUCUGAAGAAGCAGCAGAGAUGAACUGUGUUUACGAGACAAAAUUUACAAGAUAGAAAAUUUACAAGGAGAUUGGUUAAACUUUCCAUUGACAAAAUUUGGGUAACUGUGCUCUCCUCUAAGUAAAGUAGAAAGUUUUGCCCCCAAAUUCUGAUGAAAUCUAUAUCUACCCAGGAUGAGAGAGCAGAGAUGCAGAUAUCCCCUUCAUCUCUUCUGUGGGAUUCAGGAAUGAGAAAGCUACCACACCUGCAGGACUGGUAGCUUCAAGCUGCUUUGAAUCUUGUAAUGCUAUGAAGCUCAGAGUGGGUUAGUUCUGAUGCAUCCUCUAAGUAGCUGGGUUGGAAGAUGUUUAGGAUGCACAGAAGUACUUCGUUUCCUUUGCUUUAUUUGAAUUUAGUUCCUUAUGGCUACAUUGCUGAUUAUUACCUAUUGCCAUGUGUAUUUCUUUAUGGCUGUAUUAUUUUUAUUUCUUUAAUUGUUUGCAAAUAUAUAUCACCAACAUUUUAAAAAAUCAUAGCGGUGAAUAGCAGUCAAUCAACAAUAAAACUGGACUUAUAAAACAAAUGGUAGAACAUCUGUUUUGCAUGCAGAAGGGCAAUGGUACAAAAGGAAAGGUGUUCCCAGAGGUAACAUGGUCCCAAGUUGCAGGGUUUCAUAUGCCAACCUGGUAGCAUAUUGACAGCCAGUGCAGCUCUUCCAGCACAGGUGUUAUGCACUGUCAAUAGGGGACCCUUCAACAGCCUUGCUGUGGCAUUCUGCAUUGACUGCAGCUUCCUGACCAACCUUAAUGGAAGGCCCACAAUAUUUCUUUAUCCCCUGUAUGCUUUGACAGUUUCCCUCUUAUUCCCGUAUGUAGUCAUUUAGUGGAAUUACUAUCAGUCUACUAUCCUUGUACU